AGCUGCAGCGCCGCCUCUUCUUUCGCGUCUUCGCAUCCGUUGCCGCCGCCUCUUCCUCCGCCUCCUCCUUCGCCUCUUCCUGCCUCCUCCCGGCUUCCGCCGCCGCCGCCGCCGCUCAAGCCGCAUCCCAGCCCCGGGGCCAAGCGUCUCCGUAUUUAUUUCCGUUUUUUCGCCACUACAGCCUCCUGACACGGUGAUCCGGGCGGGCCCCGCAGGAAUUUUAUCCCCACACCGGCCUCACACUAGUAUCGCAUGUCCACUAUCCAGAACCUCCAAUCUUUCGACCCCUUUGCUGAUGCAACUAAGGGUGACGACUUACUCCCGGCAGGGACUGAGGAUUACAUUCAUAUAAGAAUCCAGCAACGGAACGGCCGGAAGACGCUGACUACUGUUCAGGGCAUUGCGGAUGAUUAUGACAAAAAGAAACUUGUGAAAGCUUUCAAAAAGAAAUUUGCCUGUAAUGGUACUGUGAUUGAACAUCCGGAAUACGGAGAGGUUAUUCAGCUUCAAGGUGACCAAAGGAAAAACAUUUGCCAGUUUCUCUUGGAGGUUGGCAUUGUCAAGGAGGAACAGCUUAAGGUUCAUGGAUUCUAAAAUGAACCUGAACACGUGGAGGAUUUCUUGAAUAAUUUUGUUCUCUGACCCAGUUUGGCUGCCUUGUGAAAUGAUUCUCUGCAGUAAAUGGACUUUUCAUUUAUUUAAUCAUUCAAGCUUCCAUUCACAUCUGCAUGAUUACAGAAAACAUGGGGUAUGUAGGCUAGUAACACAUAAGAAAAUUGCAGUAAGAUGGUAAUGAAACCCCGUAUUCAUCUUAACAUGUUUCCAAUGGAAAAGAUUUUGUUUUGAGUGUUUAUUUGUCUAUUCAGUUUAUUACUUUUCACUUGAUUAAAUUUUUUUGUUGUAUUAAACCAUGUAUGUUGCAGCUUAACAAUAAAAAAAAAUAUCUAUGAGUCCUUUUGUGGUCAGUUAGGCUCCCACAUCCAGGCACGUAACGUACACCUAUAGUUUGUCUUUCAUAAUUGGCGUUCUCAUUUUG